UACGCGAACAAUACAACCACAGGGACACGCGUAACGCGACAAUGGCGACCUGAAACAUUGGCGUGCGCUUCCUUGCUCCAUAUACUUCUGACAUCUCGCCAGUGUUUACCGUACUCCUUCUGCAUGUUCGUGAAUGUGAAACAUAUUCGUGCUAGCAUAAAAUAUGUGACUGGUGAAGAGGAACCAUUAAAAACGAGUAACUGCGCGGAUUCAGCCGUUGAAGCUAGCUAGGCGCACGACAUAAUUCAAUGGUGUUAGUCUCUGCCGAAAAAACGGGAAAGCCAUGUAUACAACGAUAUCUUGCCGAAUAUAAUGCGUUGUGGAGCAGUAGUAAAGACUUAUCAUCAAAAUCUAUUGUGGUGCUGAUAAGGCAUGUUAAAAUAAGGCAAGCCAACGAGGGAGAUGAGCCACAAUAUUGCAGGCAUGCCACCCUUUGCAAGGAUGCCUUUGGGGGGUAUGGGUAUGGGUGUGAAUAUGGGUCCUAGUGGCCCACAUCCUGAAUCUUCUGCUCACCCUCAUCCUCCACCACCGCCACCGUCUGGUGCCAAUCCAAAAAAGAAACGACGUACAAAUGCAAAUGUUGCUCAACCAUCUCCGCAACAACCUCCAAUAGUACAGGAUUUACUACCUCCACCUUUAACUGGCUAUGGAGACACAAUAGUAGCAAGUAACCCUUUUGACGAUACACCACCGCAAACCACGCAAACACCAAUGAUGCAUGGUGGACCGCCUCAUAUGCAUCCUCAUCACCCACAUCAUAUAAGUGGACCACCUAUGAGAGGCAUGAGCCCUUUAACUUCUAUAGGUGGAAUGAGUCCUAUGAUGCCUCACAAUAUGGGUAGUAUGAGUCCAAUGGGAAAUUCGCCCAUGACAAAUCACAUGAAUCACAUGGGAGCAAUGUCUCCUAUGAAUCAUGCACCAAUAGGUGGUAUGAGUCCAAUGAAUAAUAUGGGCCCCAGCAUGCCACCUGGUCCGAUGAAUACCAUGAACAAUCAUAUGAAUAUGAGUCACAUGGGUAAUUCUCAACUUAGCGGCCCACCUAUGGGUAGUCCAAUGAAUAAUAUGAACAGUGGCCCAAUGGGUAGUCCAAUGAAUAACAUGGGACACAGUAUGGGAAGUCCUAUGGGUGGUCCGCUGGGAUCUCCUAUGAAUACAAUGGGGGGAUCAAAUCAUAUGCCUAAUGGACCAAUGAAUAUGAACAAUAUUAAUAGCCAUAUACCACCCAAUAGCCCACUGAACGGACCAUCUAUGAACAGUGUAAACAGUCCACUUGGACACAACGGAUCUCAACCACAUCCAAAUCAUAUGGGAAAUAAUCUUAAUAACUUAGGAAGGCCCAUGAAUGGACCCAUGACUACCAUGAGUUCAAUGGUAUCCAAUAAUAUGAAUAUGAGUGGCCCAAAUCAAAUAAAUAAUAUGAAUAUGGGUGGGCCACCAAUGAAUAACAUGUCUAAUAUGAGUAUUAAUCAUCAUAAUCAAAUGAGUCACAUAGCUGGUCCAAUGGGUACAAUGUCUAAUAAUUUAGGUGGAGGUCCACCAAUGGGCCAUCCUAUUAACAUGGGAGGUUCCAUGCCACCUCAUGGUUUUCAAGGUCCACCGGGGAUGGGACCGAAACCAAUGCCAGUUUCUGCAGGAAAGAUAUAUCCUCCAGAUCAGCCAAUGGUGUUUAACCCACAAAAUCCUAAUGCUCCACCUAUUUAUCCUUGUGGAGUAUGUCACAAAGAAGUGCAUGAUAACGAUCAAGCGAUCCUUUGUGAGUCCGGUUGUAAUUUUUGGUUUCACAGGGGAUGCACAGGAUUAUCGGAAACUGCCUAUCAAUUAUUAACGGCAGAAGUUUAUGCCGAAUGGGUGUGUGAUAAGUGUUUGCAAUCGAAAAAUAUACCUUUGGUUAAAUUUAAACCAUAACACUUCUUGACUCGUCGUAUAUGCGACACACGAGUGACUCUUUGUUAGCGUUUACACCUUGUACACGCACACGUGCGCGUGUAAUUGCACACACAUAAACACAUACGACAUACACUAAUGCACGAGCAAAAUCGUGCAUAUAAUAUAAACAUGCGCUGUUUGUUAAUAUCUUAGCUUUAACUUGUUGAAAUAUUAGGGUAUUGCUAUGAGUCGUAUUGGUGAAUGAGAUGGCAAAAACGACAUAUGUUCAAAAGUUAUAUUAAUUUUUAAGUCUGUUUACAAGUCUGUUUACAAAGUAAUUUAUCUUUUAACUUUUGAUAUUCCUGACCCGUUUUCAAUCAACACUGUGAAGUAUAAAUGAAAUCGGAGUCCAGAAAGCAUAAAAAUUUUAAAAAGAUUUAUAGGUAUUAAAAACUGUACAGUCACCUGUAAACUUCGUUUGAUCUGUUAUUUUUAAUUGCAUUUGAUACAAAAUUAAAGAAUAAUUAUACAAGAUGCAUCAUGCAACUAAACGAAACCAUUUCUUUAAAAUAAGUAGAGAUAGAACAAUUUAUCAGAGAACAAAAUUAAAUAUUGCUAUCUGUUCUAUAUUGCUACAGUACUUUUACGUAUUUUGUGCCUCAAUGAUUAUGCAUAACACCAUCUAAUUUUGUCUUGUAAAAUAUUUUCUCUAUCUCUAAUCAUAAAAUGUAUAUAGCACCACCCAUUUGCGUGAUACGCAACCCUAUAUACAUGAAAUAGAAAGAUAUGUACGUAUAUAUAUGUGAUAAACAGCGAAAAUUGCUGGAACUGCAUAUUAGUAGCAAAUGAAACAAAUACAUAUAUUCUGUUUACUUUAUUUAGCUUUGGGUGAACGUUCCUGCUAAAUUAUAAUUGAUAUUCAAAAAUAAUUAACAACGUGUAUUACUUCAUCAAUUAUUUCUAGUUAUGUCAUUGUCAUUUAUCAUCAGGCUCGUUACGUUGAUUAAGGAUUAAAGUGGUAUUUAAAAAAAAAGGAGAUAUUGCAAAUGCACAUCUAGCAACUAUUUAAGAACAGAGUAAUAUGAAUUUUAAGCGAUGUAAAUUGUUCUCAUAACGCGAUUACAAAUGUUCGUGACUAUCUUCAAGUACCAGAACAACAAAAAAUUUCUAUAAACCCGUUCGUACAAUUGAAAUAUUACCGAAUUAUUUUAGGUUUCUAAAAAAUGCGUUUGACAAUGGUGUGCUAUGUAAAGAAUAAGUAUUGCUAAUACUUUCAAGCAUAUAUUAUUCUCAAACGCCGUUUUUUGCUCCCAAAUGUUACAAAUAAAAGUGCUGCGGUUCUUGUAUUUUUAUAUUUCAAAUAUUUUGGUAUAAACCAUGGUCAGUUAUAUAUUUUCGAGCUACUUUAGUGUUAUAGUUUAGAAUAUAUUCAAAAUGUAAAUAGAACCAACACUAAUGAGAAGUUUUAACACAGCAUGUAUAAAGAAUAUUUCUAUCUGUUUACAAAGAUCAAUCAACGGUUUACGUGAUGAGAAAGGAGGCUUGAAAAGUCGAAUUUCUUUUUUUCCAUCAAAGAUCAUGUAUUGUUUCUUGCCAUGGUUUAUGCUGGGGUUUAAUUUGGCACUUAUCAAUGAUAAAUUUUUUACCUGUAUGAUUCUUCAUAUACCUUGACAAAGAAACAGCACGAAUUCGUUUGAUGGAUAAUUUGCAGGGUCUUUCUGUAUUAUAUAUAAGAUCAUGCGAUGAACAAAUCACGUAUGUUCAUUUAAGCAGAAACAUAAAGACUCAGAUUCAUAAGAAACUUUGGUGUUCAGGGAAUGCAGGAAUGAUUACCGUGUAAACGAACCUUACGGAAUAAAAUGUGGAAACAUCAA